GUUAUUGUAGAAGGUUGGGAGGAGCGGCGUGCAGAGGGCAGCAGCGGCGGCGCCGUCGUCAGCAGUCAUGGACGUGGAGGUGGAGGACGUGGCCAAACUCCUCUUUCCUGAGGGAAUACUUGACUCCUGGAAAGACAGCGAGGAGUUCUCCAAUUACAUCAUACAGCUAGCAUCAUGUGGUGUAGAAAAGCUAGCAAAGGAAGGUGCUCAUCUUCGGGAAGAGAGAUCAGCCAUCUUGGAUCAGACAAGAGAUUUGGCAUACUCAAACUACAAGACAUUUAUCCAUACUGCAGACUGUUCCAGAGCUAUAUAUAAAGAUUUUACCAGAGUAGAAAGCCACCUUGAGGGCCUGUCAUCGUGUCUUCCGAAUUUGAGGGGGAGAGUAGAGGCAUUCUUAGCUACAUCGAGGACUCUAGCGCAUUCACGGCACCUAACAUCCCUAACACUUACAAAGCAUACACAAUUGUUGGAGAUUCUGGAGUUGCCACAACUAAUGGAUACAUGUGUGAGAAAUGGCUAUUAUGAAGAAGCCUUAGAAAUAUUGGCCUAUGUUCGUAGACUUGAGAAAAAACAUACAGACAUCCCUAUUAUUGCUGGCAUUGUGAGAGAGGUACAGUCAGGAACUCGUCUGAUGUUGAGUCAACUUCUUGCGCAGUUGCGAUCUCCCCUUGCUUUACCACAGUGCCUCAAAGUCAUAGGUCUGCUGAGACGCCUGGAUGUGUUUACGGAACCCGAGUUAAGACUCAAAUUUCUACAAGCCAGAGACUCUUGGUUUAAUGGUAUCUUAAAGGGUAUACCUAAAGAGGAUGCGUAUCAACAUAUAAUUAAAGUGGUGGAAGCCUCCAGAGUCCAUCUUUUCGAUAUUGUGACUCAAUACAGAGCCAUCUUUUCUGAUGAUGAUACAAGAUUCAGUCUUGGGGAUCCUGAAGUUAAUGAACAAGCAAUCUUCCAUGGUUGGAUUUUGCAUAAGGUUAACCAGUUCAUCAAGAUAGUGGAGAAAGAUCUUCAGCGAGGAGUUGGGACAAACUUGGAAGCGGUCCUGGCUCAGUGCAUGUUCUUUGGUCAGUCCUUCAGUCGCAUUGGGGCAGAUUUUCGCAACCUUCUCAUUCCACUAUUCCAGAAAGCUGCUCUGUUACAGUGCGAGAAGGAUAUUAGAACAGCUAAUAUUAAAUUCGAUGAAACGUUGAGCAGUUUUUCCUUGAUGGAAGCUCCACAGCUUAGUGCGUCUACUACAUUUAUGGCUGAAACACAGGAUAAAACCAGGCCUCCUCUCACUCUGAUGGAAUUUCCACCUUUGGCACAUUACAUGAAUGGGUUGGUAACGACAUUUAACACAUUACGUCAGUGCUGCCCUGUUGCUACUCUUCCUGAUGUCAACAGACUUCUCCAACAGUCUCUUACUAAGAUUAUUGCUGCUCUAACAGAGCUCCAUAGAUUGGAAAGCUCUGGAUUCACAUCUCGAGAGGAGAAAGCUUUUCAGCGAAUGUGCUCUGUUGUUGCUCAGGGUCUCCUUCCCCAUGUCAACAACUGCCUUCGUCUUCUGUACCCACUCCAGCAUAUCUCUCUCAUUACUGGUGUUCCUGUAACACAACUUCAACGAGAGAAUUUUGGUCUGCUGAAAUUAGAGCAGCUACUAGCACCUAUUGAACAUCUUCUGCCUAAGAAAGAAGAGAACUAUCCUGCUGAGGCUGAUCUGCUUCAGGAUCAAGACACAAUAAAUGAAACCACGACUAAAGAAUCCCAGGCUUGUCCAGUAAAUGCUAUUGAAGACAAGAUCUCUGAAAUGCCACAGAGUUCAGACCUGGACCAUGAAUGUAACCAUAUGGAAGAAUCAUUAGUGGUAACCAAACAGCAUGAUUUUAGCCCUCAACAUAACAAUAGUCAUGCUGCUACUCAUGAACCCCUGGAUAAUGAUGCCAUUCCUGAUAUUGAGGAUGCACAGCAAGGAAAACAAUUAUCGAGUGACAAACCAGUGGCAACACCUGAAGUACAGGUAUCAAACACGCCAGUAGAUUCAUCACCACUAUUGGAUUUGGGUGAACUAACUGAUGGAAUACCAAAAUUAGAUGCAUCACAACCCUUAAAUCUAAAGCUACAAUUAGAGCCUGCACCAUUAGUAGAAACAGUGGCCCCAUUAGACCCAGUAAGAACAGUGAAACCAUUAGACAAGGUACCAUUAGUAGAUACAGAGUCACCAUUAGGUAAAGUGUCAUCUGAGAAAACAGUGUCACUAACAGAUUCAGAAACAGUAGGUGUCCCGCUACCCUUGGAUUCUGGACAGUCAGUAAAUGCAACACCAAUAUUAGACCCAGCACCUUCAUUAGACCCAAUAUCACCAGUAGAACUAGCACUAUCAGUAGAUCAAAAUCCACCAAGUUGAUACGAAUUUACACAGGUGGUUUCACCAUUAGCUUUAACACCCAUCUUCAAAAUGGUAUGAUUUAUAUUGAUAUUUAACCCAACCUCUUGGACUGGACGGUAGAGUGACUGUCUCGCUUCUUGCAGGUUGGUGGUCUGACCCCGACCAUCGAAGUGAUUGGGUUCCAUUCUUUUCCUCUAUCCUUGCUACAUAGCCUUCCCGGUCUGGUGCCUUCUUUUGAUAAUUACUUACUUACUUACUUUUCCUCCAUCCUGUCCUAUAUAUUUACUCUUGUAUCCCUUUCAAGUAUUAUAUAGUCAUAAUGGCAUAGUGCUUUCUCCCAAGAAUUACUUUACCUUAUAUUGAUAUUUUUGUAAAUAAACAAAUUGCCCAUUUAAUGACGGAAAUGAAUGACCUCACCAUUUUGUGACCUGUAUGUUCAAUUACUUUUCUUACUAUUUACAAUACUAAAGAUGUUACAUUUUAAAUCAUAAUUCAUCAGAUUUAUUGUAAUACUGUAUUUCAUGUCAUGUCAAGCAAUAUUUUAUCCUUGACCUUUGAACCUGAUUCUUCCCUUAUUAAUAUUCAUUGCACUGUCCUCGAAUAUUUUAAUAUUUAAUUUUAUUUCAGUGAAUACAAGCGAUGACUGCUUCACCAGUGUUUACAACAAAAAUUACAUGCUAAAUUGUUUAAUAAAUAUUUGAAAGAUA